AACCUAUUUUGUUCUUUAGUAAACUAUAUUCAAGAUGCCUUUCCAAAAGCCAGAAAAGACCUCCGCUUACCACUCCCGUUUCCAAACUCCUUUCCGUAGAAGACAAGAAGGUAAGACCGACUACUACCAAAGAAAGAGAUUGGUUACCCAACACAAGGCCAAGUACAACACCCCAAAGUACAGAUUGGUUGUUAGAUUCACUAACAAGGACAUCAUUGCUCAAAUUGUCUCUUCCCAAAUUGUUGGUGACAUUGUCUUGACUGCUGCUUACGCUCAUGAAUUGCCAAGAUACGGUAUUAACCACGGUUUGACUAACUGGGCCGCUGCUUACGCUACCGGUUUGUUGGUUGCCAGAAGAGCUUUGCAAAAGUUGGGCUUGGACGAAACCUACAAGGGUGUCGAAGAAGUUGAAGGUGAAUUCGAACUUACUGAAGCUGUUGAAGAUGCUCCAAGACCAUUCAAGGUUUUCUUGGACAUUGGUUUGCAAAGAACUACCACUGGUGCCAGAAUCUUCGGUGUCUUGAAGGGUGCUUCUGACGGUGGUUUGUACGUUCCUCACUCUCCAAACAGAUUCCCAGGUUGGGAUAUCGAAGGUGAAGAAUUGGACGCUGAAUUGUUGAGAAAGUACAUCUUCGGUGGUCACGUUUCUGAAUACAUGGAAGAAUUGAUGGAUGAUGAUGAAGAAAAGUACAAGUCUAUCUUCAAGAACUACAUCGCUGACGAAGUUGACGCUGAUGAUGUUGAAGAACUUUACUCCGAAGCUCACCAAGCUAUCAGAGAUGACCCAGUCUUCAAGCCAACUGAAAAGAAGUUCACCAAGGAACAAUACGCUGCUGAAUCUAAGAAGUACAGACAAGUUAAGAUCUCCAAGGCUGAAAGAGAAGCUAAGAUUGCCAAGAAGAUUGCUGACUUCCAAGCUUCUAACUAAAUUAUUUAGUUUGCUAUCCUGUAGUAUAUUGAAUAACAAGAUAUCUAAUUAAAAAAAAAAAAAAAAAAAACUGUGUAGACUAA